AUGAUGUCGUACCGUCACAGCAUUGCUACCACAGCCAGUGAGGAGGGUUCAUGUGAUGUAAACAAUAACGAUAUGCUGAGCGCAGACAACUUACUGAGGUUGGCGCUGAAGCGGCCCAAGAACUGGAAGUGGGAGCUCACCACGUCCAGCUCCUCCCCGAACAUAAACUUUCCAAAGAUACAGCUCUACGAUGGUGUGAACGGGGAGCUGAUGGUGGAAGUUGAUCGGCCGGAUUGUGUUGUCCGUUCGGACGGAAACAAUGUUGUGCCCAUCGAGAAAUCAGUGCAAAGUAGUAGCAGCUCCAGAGAGCUUGACUCGCGCCAGGGACGAUAUCGACGUUCCCGUACGUCUUUGGUGAAGGAAAAGCUAUCUACGUCCGGCGACUCGCUGGCAGACAUCUUCAAUCAACUGCAAAACAAGGGCCUCGGACACAAGCUGUCCACUAGCGGGUCACAGUACAAACUGAUCAACGGAGACACGGAAGACGGACGGGGCUCGCUGCAGAAGAGCAAGUCUGCUAAUGCUAUCGGUAUGCCAGAAGCUCCACUGAUCAUUCGGCGGAGAUCCCGCCGCUCGUUGGCAAGUCGCUCCAGUUCAAUUUUGGAGCGGAUCAGCGAGUUCUACGGCCGUAGCUCCACCGAGGAGGAAGACGGACGAGACUUGCACCUGGGAGUUGCACCCCUUCCACAACUCGUACUGCCCCCAACAAGAGAUAACUCGCCGCCGCAGCCAGAUACGGAAGGUGUCACCAUCGAAGAGAUUCCAGCCGAUCCAUCAACCACUCCAAUCAAACCACGUCCCAAAAUCUACAAGCUGGUGCGCAGCAACAUCGGUACGCUGAUGGUACGCGAAGAAAGCUUCCAUACGCAGCGCAGCUUACGACGACGGCAGCGAGAAAACGGCGAGCUACCACCAACCGCCCAAGACACGGAGCGUUUGGUAGAGUUAGACGAGCAGACGAAUCGACCACGACCGAUGGACAAUGGGGAAGGCGAGCGUUUUAGAUACGAACGAGAAAUAACCCGCAUCGAUGGUCUUCUAUCGAGGGUUAUGCUUUCGCACGAUCUCCAAACGGAGGAGAACGUACCAAGCAUACGGAUAUCGGAACCACCGGAAGUUGGGACGGGUGUGAACGGAUCCACUCCACACCAGAACGGAACAUCCCAUCGGAAGCGACGCUCAAGGCGCAGUGUAAGCGUUGGCGGUAGCGUCUACUCCACGCACCGUCGAUCGCUCUCGUCCGGGCGCAACAAUUCACCGACAAACGCGUAUCGAUACGCGCAACGCAAUGGACGCCGGUCGGCAUCCAGCUCCUCCACGUCGGACACGGAGACGGGCCCUAGAAGAGGCGAACACCGAACCGGAAGCUCCUCUCGGUCCGGGUCGCAGAAGCGCCGUGGCCGGACGCGGCAUCGCGGUGGCCAACCGGGUGACACUCCAGAAAGCAACCCACGUGCAGCGAUCACUAACGGCGAUCAGCUCAUCAGCCGCACUGGCGAACCCGAACGUCAGCGACAACCAACACCUGAGCGAUCUGAAUCAUCCGCACCACUACAGCCGCAACCGUUGACCGUCGGUAAUAACGCCACCGGUGAACCGGAACGUAUCGCCCGUCAAUCGCCACAAUCGACAGCAGUUUGUCAUAAUGUGUCCGAUCGCAGUGAGGUGCGCCCUUUAGCGGGAGAUCGAGCCGAGAUACGAUCGAAGGCAAAGCAGAGCGGUAACGGUGCGUCAAACACUACCGUUUCCGCCUUUCUAGCUGACAGGUACAACGCAUCGGAUAAGGUCCUCCAAAAGCUCGUCCAAAGCCUCGGCAGAUCACUAAACCCACGCAAGCGCGAUCGGCUGGAGGCGAAGCGGAAAGGUGGCUCCUCCUGGUUGCGCCACGUUCCGGGCUGUUGUUCCGGUUCGGGAAAAUCUGUCUCCCCUCCAGCGCGGGACUCGAUCGGGUCGGACGCGGGCAGCUGUUUGCGCUACCGCAACGAACGCAAUCGCUUGCCGUGCGAUACCACCGACACCUCCCAAGUACCUCCAGACGACGAAGACGACCAAGGCUUUGGCAUCGAGCGACUCUUGCCAGCGGGCAGUAAUGGACCGUUCUGCGGUGAGCGGUUUAUAUUCGAUCGACUGCAGCUCGAGUUCCUGGAGCUGGAACCGGCAGUAGAGCUCACCUGCUACCAGCACAACGACGACGCUAGCUACGACAACGAACACAACGAAUACGAACGCGACGACCCGAGCGAGCGCGAGUGCAGUGAACGAACGUGCGCGCUGCAUCGCAGUGUUAGUGAACGAACUGAUCGGAACUGUCGCACCCGAACGAAUAUGGGAGCGAAUGUGUCCUCCUCCGCUCGACAGCAUGCGAAAGGACUAACCAGUGGACGACGGGCCCAAUCAAUAGAUAACCUUAAGUCAGACACCACGCAAUACUUCCAUCAGUACCAUAAUAACAACAACGGGGAUACGUUCCAUCAUCAAACGUUUCUGGCGGACACGGCUGGAGGCAAUGCUGAUGGCGAGGGACUCGAAAAGCAACCACCACCACCGGAUUUGGCCUGCCUGCCCGGUACCGGUCAGAUACCACCCGAACAGCAGCAGCAGCAUCAAGAUCACGUCAUCUACGUCAGCCGAAAAGAUCGCAACAAAUUCUGCGGAAGUUUGCCGAACCAUCUCGACCUGGAUGCGUCCACCAUCGAUCGGGACUGCGAGGCCAUCGUUAAGCAGAACGAAUUUCUCCAGGCGAAUCUGAAAAACGUACAACAGCACCAGCAACAGCAGCAACAAACUGCAUCCCGUACCGUUUGCAAUCAACCGGGUGGCGUGAAUCCAUCACCCCCGAACGGUUCACUGCCGCACCAACAGCAGCUGACCUUUGGCGGAAGCGUCCCGGUCGAUCAUCCAUCGGCUGUUUCGCAACAGCUGCAGAAUUUGCCUCCGCAGUUACCAACAUAUCAGCAGCAGCAGCAGCAUCAAGGUUCACCCUUGCUUUGUCCCAAUCCGGCGACGAAAGGGCCGUCAAACAUUUGCGCGGCCAGCGCCACUGUUGGACCGGGCGAUGGCAUAGGCAGCAGCACAUUCCGAUCGUCAGAGGCUGGUGGCAGCGGUCAGCAACCGAUCGCCGCAAAUCUACAGCUGAAGCUGCCACUGCACCGGACAGCGAUCGAUGCCGGAUGCGACCAGGGCUACGGUAGCGAACGUUCGCCGGAGGACGAUCUACCGCCGCCACUGCUGCUGAUGCACGAAACGCAGUACAUCGAGAUACUGGCCUCGUCCUCGUCCAACAACAUCGCCAACCCGUCACCAUGCCAGCAACUUCCGGCGGAGUGCGUCGGUCCGUCCGCUGGCGCACUGCAACAGGGCGAGCAACCGCAGGCACAGCCAUGCUGGACGCACAGCACCAACACCGGCCAGCUCGUGCUGGGACCGUACAGUUUCAUCACCAAAGAUUCCAUAUUCUUCGUCCAGGUGUCCAAGGGUUCGCGGGGCCUUGGCUUUUCGGUGUCGGGUGGAACCGACUCGUCCGCACCGUACCCGGGACUGAUACGCAUCAAACGGCUCUUUCCACACCAGGCAGCAUGGGCGACGGGGAUGCUCCAACCAGGAGACAUCCUUCUAGAGGCGAACGGUGUCCCGCUGACAGGUCUCACAAACUACCUUGCCCUGGAGGUUUUGCGCAAAGCGACGAACGUCGUAACGCUCACCGUAUGCCGACCGAAGGACGAGCAGUAUCGGAAACUAUCACCACCGACCGAACCACCCAGACCACCGCAACGCAAUGCCCUCUCGUACGAGCAGGGUCAUGGAUCCAACUCGGUACCUCAGUCACCGCUCCCUGCUGGAAUGCCCUUUCAUCAGCAGCAGCAGCAUCAGCAUCAGCAACUCCACCAUUUCUUCCCUCCUCCGAAUGCCAGGAAUCCGCAGCUGCAAUCCGUAGCAGGCUUUCUGCCAUCACUCGAUCCCAUGCAAAGCAGCUUCAGUGGGGAAUUCGAGAUCGUACUGACGAAGCAGCAGGGUUCGCUCGGGUUCACCCUGCGCAAGGAGGAUGAAUCCGUGCUGGGUCACUACGUACGGGCGCUGGUGCGUGAACCGGCCCUUAGUGAUGGGCGCAUCCGGCCCGGCGACAAGAUAGUCGCCGUCAACGAUGUGCCGGUUUCGUCCAUGUCCCACGAGGAGGCUGUGAUAUUUCUACGCCAGGCGGCGGACGUCGUGCGGCUGCGGUUGUACCGCGACCAGGCCCAAACACCGCUCUCCGCCCAUUCGCCCAUCGAGUCCGGCGUAAGGGGUCGGACGCGUUUGUUGCUGCGGCCGGAAGCAAUCAAUCUGCUGACCGAUCUCGCUGCCAACCGGUUCCAUCGGGCUGCUGCCGGUUCCGGUUCGUCGGUGGCGUCGAGCCACACGAACUCUCCGCGACGCUUGCGUCGCGCCGGUGCGCACCAGGCCGCCUUCGACAAUCAUGGUUUCCAGCCGCAACAGCAACAACAGCAUUCCAACGAUAUGUUCAAUUAUUUCGAUAGCUGUUCCAAUGCAUCCACCAUCAUCAGUCAAGCCAUGGACGAUCUGGAUGAAUCGUACUACUGCGAUGAGGAGAUCGAGGCGAUCGUCGCCAGCGAGGACAGAAAGUCGAACGGUGAAGAGCACGGACCACGCCCGCGCCCAACAUUCCUAGAUCUUGAUGCCGGCGCACGGUUUCAACUCGGUAGCGGCGAUGGUGCCAUCGUGCAGCAGCUAAACAAUCUCGACCGUGACACACUGAACGCACCGUUGCGGUACGGUUUGGCCGGUCCCGGUACGCCCGGGCUCGCCGGUCCCGACCCGGACGGGCCAAACUUCGUCAGUCUGCCGUGCGAAACGUUCCUGGUGGCGUGCAAAACCGAACAGGAUCUGCAUGCUGGCGACCAAACGGAGGCGAUCUACGUGCAGCACUUUGCGCACAAAUCGCCCCUCUACUCGUCGGUGAACGUACCGGCACGGGUCGGUGCGGCCGAGUUGGUGGAAGCAGUCGAACGAGGAGGUAAGAAAAGUCUAAUGAAAUGGAAGGGCGCUACUCUGUUGGGCGACGAGGAAGAGCAGCACGAACCAAUGCAAGCUGUUGACGGUGCACAGGAGCAGCAGGAUGCGCUGGUAACGCCGGAUGCAGACGAUUCCAGUUUGGCGGCCACGGCUGGUACAACGCUCAGCACGGCCACACCCACGACGGAACGCGAGCUGUUCGAUCUGAAUGCGAGCUGCGGUACGGACAGUGAAGGAAAUCAGAUUUUCACCGUUGAGCUGAACAAAGGAUGGAACAGUCGACUAGGGUUCAGUCUAAAGCAGGAAACGGGCCGCAACGGCAGCAUCCGCACCAUCAUCAGCGCCAUCUACCGGGACAGUGUGGCGGCACGCGAUGGCCGACUGCACGUGGGUGACGUACUGAUCAUGGUCAAUGAAGAGUCGGUCGAAGCAGUACCAACGGCACAGGUGAUUGAGCUGAUGCGUAUUGUACGUGGUGCAAUCUUCAUCACACUGUUGCGACCGUCCGGUGCCGGUGGCACGCUCGAACCAACACCGGAGGAGCCACCAUCAGUUGAGCCGUCCGGUAAUGUCACUCCGGUACCGUUGGACGAUUACACGGAUGCUGGUCACAGGGAAGAUGCUGCGGCGAACCGCGAGGACGCUGCCGACGUGCAGCCUGCCGAAGGCAGCACGGUGAGUGACAGUAAGUCGUAAGCGGGACCUCAAAUGCGGAGCGACAGAUGGGAUGGUUUCUUUGUUUUACGGUCCGAAAAGGAUACGCAGCUGUGUAGAAGAGAUGAGCAGAGAAGGUGCGCUAGAGAGGGAGAUACGAGAUGUGAGAGUUUUGAAAAGAAAAGCUACCACAGGGUGGUUCGAUUAGUGCUUUUACGUCAGUGCGUAACAGGUGAUUUUCGAGUGUCAUACGCGAGGUAUUGAAAGGCAAAAGGGAAAGAGAGAUAAAGAGUCAGAGUGUCAGAGGGCAACAAGAUGGUGGCGAUAUACUAGUGGAGAAAUCUUAAUACGAGAGCAUGUAUGUUGUAUGUGUAAGGGUUAUUCAUUCCGUACCGGAGCCAUAAGCUUCAUUUCCAAAGAAACAAUGCCAGAGAUAAAGCAAGAUAAGGGUGGAGAUUUUGAAACAUGAAAAAACAAAAAAAAAGGAGAUCGUAAACAACUACACAAGAUAUAAACACUCCUAGUGAAGAAUCAGAGAACGUCAAUCUGCGAAGUGGAUUGAAGCGAUAGUUCCAUUCAAACUAACUCUAGUGAAAAAGAAAAUGAACGAUGAUCUAAUUAGCAUUAGUCUCGAAGCUGACUGUAAGCAAAUGUAAUCAGAGCUAGUAAUUUUAAUCCCCUCCCCUCCCCUCCUCCCUACUCCGUUCCUCAAUUAU